AUGCUGCCCAGACCUUCCGUUUGCUGGCAUGUCUGCAAAAUCGUCAAAGAGGAAGGCCUAUCACCAUGCCCACCACCAGAUCCAACAGCAGCAUCUUAUGGUGGCUCGCAAGCCGCUGGGGCAUUACCAGGCCUGCGAAAAGUAGAAGCACCAAUUGCAGGCCCACAGGUCUUCUCAAAGCUUGUGCGAGCAAUGGGUGUUUUGGUCCCGCUAUCAGAACGAUUUUCAGCAGGAGGUGAAGAGACCUCAUCUGGAACAGCUACCGUACACUCAACGGCAGCAACAGCAGCAGCUGUAUCCAAGACAUCAAAGAUUUCGUGGAGUCAUGCGGGAGCUAUUUCGUGGUCUCGUGUACCUGGCUUCUGCGGGUUCUGUCGGGCCCCCACUUCCUGCUGGUCGUGCCCUACUGGUGAUCCGCCAUGGCUUCCACUAAGCCCUCAACCCCGUGUACAUCUGAGGUUGCUGUGGGACUUUUAUGCUGCUUCCCUCCCUACGAGCUGCUCAUCGAUGCAGGAGGCCAUUCGGAUGGAUAAUAUUUUCGCGUUAAGGGCCGAGGCAGCCCUGCUGUCGCUUAUAUCAAGGGCCUUGGGCUUCACCAGCCUUUCUCAAUCAUCCUUACGAGUGGCUGAAAUUUGCGAUAUCAACGAUGCAGGGGAGCCAAACCCAGCUUGGGGGCGAAACCAUCCUUUGGCGGGGGCAAAGUGGACUCAUCUCUUCUGUCUUGACACGAGCGCAGCAAAAUUGGUGGUACAAGAACAACAGCACAAGAGGCAGCACCAGCAACAGCAACAAAAGAUUGGCUCCAGACACAGCAAUCACUGCAGAACCAGUGUAGAGCUCGGUGGCGAGCAGCUGCAUGAAGACACUUACAUGGGUGAGGGAGCUUCAGUUUCUCAGUGCCGAACACCUGUGGCAGGUGCUAGAUGCGUCAGCAGCAGCAGCGAGGUCCUCGACACGCUAGUAUCUGCGGAAAGGCCAGCUGACUCAGAAGUGCCAGCAGAGAUAAUACGAGCAGCAGGAGCAGUGAACUCUCCUUUCGCAAUGGCCUGCAGCAAACAGGCAUUGGAAAGGCUUGCUGCGGUGACUCCACAUCAGCGUACGCAGCAGCGGCACUGCUGUUCUGCAAAGCAAAACGCAAGCUGGAGAGGGCAAGACCAGCUGACGAAGGAGCAGCAACAAACGUAUCCCCUUUCGAGACAGCCGCCUCGCCAACAGCAGGUGCAAUGGCAGUGCCUUUCCCGAUACAGUAAACAGCAGGCUACUCAAGGACACAAGAAACAUCGGGAGUGGCACCUACCGAAGCAUUCUCCUGCGGCCUGUCUCCGUGGCCUGAACAGUCCUACAGGCGCGCUUGGUGAAGCAGUUGCCGUCUGCUUCGCGGACCUCCAUGCGGCAAAAGCUAAACUAGCCCCCCUUUUUCAAGAGGGCGCACUUGAGGCUGCUACGGAGGCCUCUGCUGUCGUUCUUAAUGACGAAGCAGCACCACAACUGACGAAUCCUGCAGGUGGUCAAUGCAGCUAUCUGCAACCCUUACAUAAUUCCACAGAGACUCUCACAGGAAUAGCAAGUGCACUAAGGUCAUGGACAAAGGCGACGGAAGCCACUUUGGAAGAAACAAGAACAUCAGGGAGAAUAAUAGCAACGGCAGUAACAACUGCUGUUACAACAGCAGUGGUAGCCACGAAAGCAGCAAUCGCGGCAGCCAAAUCAGCCUUGAAGCGUGCUCUUGUUUGGGGUGGAAGUGGUGCCGAUGCCGUUGGCGGUCUUGUUUCCUCUGCUACUGUUGAUGCAGUGAUGUGGCUGCCCUCGCCUGUCUCAGUGGCGGAGGAGCGCGUCGACCCCCAGUACAACGCUUAG